AUGUUGAUUCCGGUAACUCAACACUUUCAGGGCAAAGGAUCCUUUGCAUACGUGUGUCCGUGUGGGCAUUGGAUGAGAGAACUGAUUGAGAGCUUUGACAAUGCCGUUCUCAGCUGGAGUCACCAAUCCACGAGAUGGGACUUAUCUUCAAACGUACUAGAGGGGCGUUUACCUCCCUCCAUGGGAGACUUAGCGGCUUUCAAGAUACUGUAUCUUCAGGACAACAAGCUCAUCGGAACACUUGAUGUUAUAGAGGAUCCAACUGAUCGAAGAAGAGAAUUCACUAGCUGGGAAUCAAUCUCAUAA